AUGGCUUUCUCAUUAUUUGCGGCAAGAUGGCUUAUGUUAAUUCUUCUGCUACCAAUUCGUGUUUCCCUCAGGUAUCUCUUACAAAUAAAUAGCAAGCCGAUGGUUAGGCAGUUUUCUCGCCUGCUGAUCCAUCUUUUAAGUACUGGGAAGAAGUAGGCUUAGGAGAAAGGGAGGAUCUAACAUUUCCAUUAGAAGUAGUGGGUGGGGAGGAUGGGGAACUCUUGGAAGAUAAAAAACAAAGUAAGAAGAAAAUUGAGAGGUGCAUAGGACCGCAAGAUCCACCCCUUGGGAUAGUUAAAUGGACUCACUGUUUGGUUUUUUGUUGUAGUAGUCCGUGAAUAGUAUUCUCAGCUAAAAACGUUUAGCCUUUUCCAGGUUCUUGGAUAGAAGGGAUGUCGAGUAAGUGAAAGGCACGCGAACAUAUGAACGCGUGAUCUGAGAAAAGGGGACAGUGGCGGCAAAAAGUAAGGCCGCCCUUCCUCUCCCCAGUUUCCCCUAGUGUUAUUAUCGUGUCAGCCUGGAUCCAACUAUCUCCUCGGAGCCUGGAUCAGGCUAAUGAAAGUUUUGAACUCUAGACGGGUCAGCAGCUUGUUCCCUUCAACAUACCUUACAGACGAAUUAGGGAGUGUGCACUUAGCAAGCAAUGUAGAUCGUUGAACUUGAUUGGAUAAGUAAUACUUGUAUGACGUUUUUGAUACAAAUAAGGCUCAGUUUUAUAUUUUGGGCCAGAUAAUCCAAGACCUAUUCCGGAUAAAUGUACAACAAAUAAAUGAAAACAAAAAUUAAACAAGUAAGUAAAUGACUGCCUUACCUACGGUUCACAGUUGUUGUUUUCUCAUUUCAGUGAAGACGCGACAGUUCCACGUGUUGAGGCAGCUAAUGCGUCUGAGAUCCUGGAUCGAUAUUUGAGAUGUUACGACAACAGGACAAGACCUAAUGUAACAGGUAUCGAUUUUUUCAAUAUUUCCCGGUGAGCGUAGUCCUGGAAAUAAAUUGACUAUUGGCGGCACUUAUAUCCCAGAAACAAUCUUGCUUCAUUUCCCGAAGUGAACCCAACAUUGGGAAAAGUUACCCCAAACUGCUACCAAAUGAAUACUUUCACAAGACAGAAAAACAUUGUCCCAGGAAGUUCCCAAUAAUGGGAAAAAUUCGCAACACUUUCCCAUUUUGGGAAUUGCAAAAGGUUUCCUAUGUUAUUUAUUGAUGGUAGAUGUAUUAUUGUUGCUGAAAUAUUUCCGGGUGAGUUUUGUCCUGAAAAUAAAUUGACUAUUUGCGACACUCCGACGAGCUAAAUAUUCAAGCUAGUAAGUUUUACGAUUUGAUAACUACUUUUAUGAGAGGUAAUAUAGUAGUUAACGACCUUAUGUUUGCCUUGUUUUGCAGGCAAUCCUGAUAUAAUAUAUGUGAGCAUGGCAAUUAAAGCCUUCAGUGAGAUCAAAGAAUCCAAUAUGGCGAGUACUCUCCCAUUCUAUACUCUCUUUUAUUAUAUUCUUCUAUUUUGAGGAGGCAGCGUGGCUGAGCGGUUAGACUGUGCGCUGGACUUGUAAGUUGAAGCCCCGCCCUGACCGCGCUGGCUGAAUAUGGUGGUGGUGGUGGUGGUGGUGGUGGUGAUGGUGGUAGGAGUACCAGUAGCAAUAUUAGUAGCAGUAGUAUAAGUAGCAGCAGUAAUGAUAGCAGUAUAUGGUUCAGUUCGGGACGAUGAUUCCUUCUUUUGAAUUAAAAUUGUACGAGGAAAUGGCCAAGCAUAUAGCUCUCGUACGCCGAAAAAAAGUGCGUGCUGAUUUAAAAAAAUUGUUUUGAGGUCAAAAACUGUCCUUUUAUUUUCAGGAAUUUCAAGUGUUUGUUUACUUUCGUCAGUAUUGGACUGACAAGCGGCUGGCGCAUGGAACCGAGGCCACUCUAAUGUUGGGUGGCACUGAUGUAAAUCGCAUAUGGCUUCCUGAUACUUACAUUAACAACGCUAACGACCACGAGGUGUUCCAAGACAACCAGUUGGUGUUGAUUGACAAAAAGGGUCAGAUCGUUUACUUCGCUUAUGCCCGGAUAGCGGCGGCCUGUCAGAUGAAACUAGUGAAAUUUCCUAUGGAUGUACAACAAUGUCAUUUGACACUGGAAAGUUGUAAGUAACAGUUGGGGAGUUGCUGAGCAGACCAGUGUAAUCUCCUGAGCCAGACUAAGCCUAUGGUCAAAGUGCUUGACUUUCUCACUACCUUAGGCCAACUAUGUAGGUCUUAAAAUUUCAUUACACUCCUUAGGGCAGCCUCCUCGAAUAUAGAGAGUUGAGGACAAGAUUCCAAAAUUCAAGUUUGACAAGUGGUGAUUAAAAAUUAGAGGUGCGUCCGACAGGGGAGGGGAUGCACUUUUAUUUAAAGUUUUUCGCCAAAAAAGGGCUUGUAUACAGACCGAAGACAAUGCUAAAUUGGAAUUAUUAGGGCUUUGUAUGUACACGAAAAAUCACCUGUAUUUAAUUGAAUUUGCUAGAAUGUAAACGUACUGUUUGGUCAACCACUCAGUAAUUUACCCCAAAUUUUUAACCCAGGGCCCAGUUGUUCGAAGGCCGGUUAGCGCUUAACCCGGAGUUAAAUAUAACCCUGGUUUCUUUUUCUUGUGUUCAAAAGCAUUUUCUCGGAUAAUUUUCUCUCUUAUUUUUAGAGCUUCCAAUCAUCAACUUGUAGACACAAAGAAUUAAAACUGAAUUGCUUUUUAAGCUUUCAAAUCUUAAUUCAAAUCUUGCACUAACUCUGGGUUAUCUUAACCCAGCUUUGAACAACUCGGCCCAGGUGAACAGUCACAAAAUGAGCUGAUCGUGUGGCCAUUUGAUAUUCCCUAUCCACCCCUUACAACACUGCCUGUGAGAGGUUAUGACAUGUUAAGAAUGGUUUCAACUCGUCUCAACAUCGCCACAACAUUUCCUUUUGUUCCCAAAAUGUUUAAGCCAUUUGAAACCCGCCUCCCCUUUUCACUCGCGCAUGCGCGGCGCCGUUACCUUUUCUAUGCGCAUGUUAUAAUCAUGUGGCCACUGCUUCAUCGCUGCUUUACCAGUUUAUUUUAUCCUUUUGUCUUAGUCCAGCACACCAUUGUCCAGAUGGACUUUAGGUGGAAAGAGGAUCAUCCUAUCACAUUGCUAAACAAGGAGUUAGCAGAAUUCGACGUAGUGAAAGUGGAAAUGAAGUCAAAAAAUGUUACCUAUAUUUCAGGUUGGUCAAGUCAAAGUAAUACUUUAAACCCUCUCUGUGCUAGCCACCAGGAAGAAUUGUCCGUUAUACACACUCAGUUUGAUGCAACGAACGUGUUCAGAUUGUGCUCUAUGCAUUACAUUCAUUUAUUAUUAGUGGAAAUCCAAACAAAUGCUGGCUGCCCUGCAUGCGUAGUAGCAACCUGGAGACUAGGAUUGCGGGCUCCUCUAGUCGCCCGCAAAUGUGAUGUCCCUUAAAAGUUUUAUAGAUAUGUCAGUGGCCGCACUAUUCAGUGUUACAUUUUAUGUUUUCUUUCAGGAAAAUAUAAAAACCUGGUAGCUGCUUUUACAUUUCACCGCCGCAUGGGUUUCUACUUCAUUCAAUUUUAUAUUCCCUGCAUUGUGAUGGUUUCUCUAAGCUGGAUCUCUUUUUGGAUGGAUCAAUACUGCAUCGGAGAACGACUGUCGCUCGGGAUAACGACAAUUCUCACGAUAGUUUUCCUACUUGGCUCCAGUAACUCAACCAUGCCUCGUGUGAGCUAUGCCAAAGCAAUUGACUGGUAUCUGAUGGGUUCAUUCAUCUUUGUUUUUUCUACUCUUGUUACUGAUUUGUUAAUCUACAGGCUUCGUUCCAAAGAAGAGGAGAAAGAUAAGGACAGGGAGGAAGAAAUGAAGGUAAGAAGUGGAAGGCAGAAGUUUGCAUAUUCACGACCUUAGUUUGAGUUAAAUUCGGAGAAUUUCCUAAAAUAAAAGAGGAUCGGUCUGGAGGUUCAGCUUUCACAACCUGGCAGCUGGACAACCCAUUCAGGGUAUUUCAGUAACCAAUAAGAUGAUAACUCAGUAUCUUGAGUCAGUUGAUAAGAUGAAAACGGAAGGAUACAGACAGACAUUUCAUCAAUCCCCUGCAUAAAGCCCUCAUCAGAAAUGUUUUUAGACGAACUAAAAUGCAAAGAAAGUACGUCUCGAUGAAUCCAUGAUGAAUCAUGUAAUAACCAAAAAUCCUUCACGAUUACAAAAAUCCCCUGCAACUUUUCGAGUACGUUACGGCCGCGUUUUUUAACACUUGCAUGACAUGGUCUGGCAUGUGGGGUAGUUUUGCAGGGGUUAUAGAAGGUUCGGUUAUUCUCUGCUUCAAAUUUGGAUCUAAUCCUUUUCUGCUAACCAUAUUUUUAGCUUGAUGAAGCAAUCACACUUUUAACCGACAUGUCUUCUUUUCCCAGCCUCAAAACAACAAAAUAGUGUUCCAGUGUAAACAUGGCUUCAAACCCAACUACAUAGCAGAUUCCAAUGGACAUGUUCAUUUGGUGACUUAUCAAGAAAACAGGGAUGAAGAGAGUGCAGGGUAUUUCGAUAAACUGCGCAAGUGCUGUUUGGCUGGAACCCAGUCCUCUAGCGGCCAAAAAACUGAUCUAGGCAAGCUAACCAACAAGUGCUGUCGUUAUCUGUAUCCAAUAUCCUUUGCCAUAUUCAACUUGGGUUAUUGGUUGGCUCUUAGUGCUUAA